GAUUACAAUACGAGAUAAGCCGGUGUUUGGUAAUACUGUAAUAAUAGUAAUAAAAUAUUAUAAUAGGUAGGUACAACACAACGAGACGUACAACAACAAGUAACAACUUACUGUUGCAGUUGCACUGCAGUCUGCAGGGGUAUUCGCUUCUCGUCUUGUUGGGCAUGCACAUUGUUGCGUACCGUUUUCAUUGUGUACCGAUUAUAUCAUAUUUUACGUCCGAACGGACGAGUUGACCCUCGCGUAAUAACGCCGCCGCAAGUAGUCGGUGACAUUUGAUUGACUUUCGUCAUCGGCGCGUCUCUCGUCGUCCGUUCGUCCUCUAAGCGAUUUUCCCGAUUCGAGUUUUCACCUUUGCUACGAUGACCGCCGCCAUCCAACUGAUUUUUGGUUCGUUGCUGCUCAGCUCGGCCACAGCGAUAUUGCCGAUCCGCGAGUACUACGCGUCCGGCGAUCAAACACAACCCGGUAUACCAAAAUGGAGUUCAAGUUAUUCUGUAGAAGGUGACAUAUUUAUUCCAUUUGCUGAAGUCCAUGAACCAUUUAGUGCUUGGUAUGAUUCAGACUCUAGCAACAGUCGCAUUGACUAUUAUCAUGGAAUGGCAAAAACAUAUCAACUGUCCAAUAAAGGGUCUUUUGGUUCAUCUCUUAAAAUUGUUCCUGUUACUACUGAAACAGAAACAAACACUCUAAAAUGUUUAGAAGUAAAUGGAACUGAUGAAUUUCACAUUUCACCUCAAUCAACUCUUCCAGACUUAAGCGAUUUUAAGUUAGUCAGCGAAAGUUUAGAAAAUGGUAUUGUAGUCGAAAAAUGGGUUUAUAUUAAAAGAGUGGAAAAAACAGUUGGAAAAUAUAUAAUGUGGUUGUAUAGAAAAGAUGAUAUUGCUUAUCCAAUGAGGUUUCAAAUGAAUGGAUUUAAUUCAGUAUUUCUAUCACAUUUUGACGACUACAUUAUCGUUUACAAACAUUUUACACCAGUGAAGCCUGAUCCAAGUAUUUUCAACGUUGAAGAAUUAAAAUGUGAAUCUUUUCCUGGACCUGGCAUAAACCAUAUUUAUGAUUUUAAUCCUAUGAUGGAGUUCAUAAAUAACUAUGGAGAAUAUAUAGAUUCCACAUUUGAAGAAUUUAAACGUAAACAUAACAAAAAUUACCCUAAUGAUACAAUUGAACAUUUUGACCGAAAGAAUAAUUUCCGCCAAAACUUGAGAUACAUUCGUUCAAAAAAUCGAGCUAAUGUUGGUUAUACACUUGCUGUUAACCAUUUGGCUGACUAUUCCAGCACAGAACUUAAAUCAAUGUUAGGUUAUAGAAAAUUAAGUGAUGAUGAAUAUAAUGGUGGAAAACCUUUCCCUCACAAUAAGACUGAUUUUCAAAACUUACCAUCAGAAAUUGAUUGGAGGAUUGCUGGUGCUGUAACAGCUGUUAAAGAUCAAUCAAUUUGUGGUUCUUGUUGGAGUUUUGGUACUACUGGUACCAUCGAAGGAGCAUAUUUCAUGAAACAUCGUGAACGUAAAAGUUUUUCUGAACAGGCUUUGGUAGACUGCAGUUGGGGUUUUGGCAAUAAUGGAUGUGAUGGCGGAGAAGAUUUCCGUGCUUAUUCUUGGAUUGAGAAGCAUGGCUUACCAACUGAAGAAGAGUACGGUCCAUACCUUUCUCAGGAUGGUUUUUGUCAUAUAGCUAAUCUAUCAAAUGGGGAUCUUACAAAAAUUACUGGUUUUGUGAAUGUAACAACUUAUGAUGAAGAAGCAUUAAAAAUUGCUUUAGUCAAUGAAGGUCCUAUUUCAAUUGCCAUUUAUGCUUCACUAAAAACAUUUUCCUUCUACUCGAAUGGUGUUUACUACGAUAAAGAUUGCCGUAAUAGUCCAUUGGAGUUGAAUCAUGCUGUGUUAUUGGUGGGCUAUGGUACAUUGGAUGGCCAUCCAUACUGGCUGGUGAAAAACUCAUGGUCAACUCACUGGGGUAAUGCUGGUUACAUUCUUAUAUCUCGUAAGGAUAACAAUUGUGGUGUUCUCACUAGUCCAACAUAUGUUAUUUUGUAGACUUAUGUUUAAGAUUUCAACAUUCUAUAUUGUCAUUUUUUGAUUUAAUAAUAAUUUAAAAUUUUUAAGUCUGAGUGUAAAAUAUAUUGAUUUUACUUUUACAACUUAUUUGGUAUUAGUUAAUUUUUUUAUCAUGAAUAUAAAUUAAAAUAUUGUACUUUUUGAUCUAUUUCUAAAUAAACGACUGUUAGUUUUA